AUACUAUUACGCAACUAUAUAUCACUCAUUAAUUUGGACACUACUGCAUCGCACUUCCCUUAUAAAUAGAACAACUAUAUUGAAACAAUUUAUUCACCAAGAAAGCUAAGCCUAAUAAUCUAUCCAUCAUUUCAUUUCCAAAAUUCUCUAAAAUGAAGGAUACUUUAGUUCUAUACCCAGCUCUUGGGAAAGGACACUUAAAUUCCAUGAUUGAGUUAGGCAAAUUCAUAUUAACACAUAACCCUUCACUCUCUAUAUCAAUUCUAAUCCUCAGUCCACCAAACACCACCGUGCAGCCGGAGCAGGAGAUCCAAAAACUCAUAACCACGUUUGGUUGUGAAUCUCUUCCAUCCAUCACUUUCCACCAUAUUCCUCCCAUUUCAUUCCCAGUAACUCUUCCACCUCACAUACUCCCUCUUGAAGUAUGUAGUCGUAGCAACCACCACGCUAACCAUAUUCUUCAAUCCAUUUCAAAAUCUUCGAACCUCAAAGGUGUUAUCUUAGAUUUCAUGAACUAUAGCACCAACCAAAUCACUUCAACUCUUGAUAUACCAACUUACUUUUUUUAUACCUCAGGAGCAGCAAGUCUUGCAGUUUUUCUUCAACUUCCAUCCACAGAUAAAAUGACCACAAAAUCGCUUAAAGAAUUUCACAUGCAUCCUCGUAUUCCGGGGCUACCACCGAUUCCCAUAGCAGAUAUGCCAGACGAAUCAAAGCACCGUGAGAGUAAAACUUACAAGGUUUUCUUAGAUAUGGCAACAAUUAUGAAGAAAAGUGAUGGAAUUAUCGUAAACACGUUUGAGGCUAUUGAAGGAAGAGCUUUAAAAGCAUUAAAAGCAGGGUUGUGUCUUCCUGAAGGAGAAACACCUCCAAUAUUUUGUAUUGGACCGAUGAUUUCACCUCCUUUAAAGGGUGAAGAUGAAAGAGGAAGUUUGUGUUUGAAAUGGCUAGACUUGCAACCUAGUAAAAGUGUUUUGUUCUUGUGCUUUGGAAGUAUGGGGAGAUUUUCUAAGGUACAAUUGAAAGAGAUAGCUAUUGGAUUGGAAAAAAGUGAGCAAAGAUUUUUGUGGAUUGUAAGGAGCGACAUAGACUCGGAGAAACUAAGUUUGGACGAAUUGUUGCCAGAAGGAUUUUUGGAGAGGACAAAGGAGAAAGGAAUGGUGGUGAGGAAUUGGGCCCCACAAACGGCAAUAUUGAGCCAUGACUCUGUGGGUGGUUUUGUGACUCAUUGUGGAUGGAACUCAAUGUUGGAAGCUAUUUGCGUAGGAGUUCCUAUGAUUGCAUGGCCUAUGUAUGCAGAACAAAGGUUAAAUCGAUUGUUCAUGGUUGAAGAAAUGAAGGUGGGUUUGCAAAUGAAUGAGUCAAAUGGACUUAUAAGUGCGACUGAGUUGGGUGAGCGAGCGAAGGAGUUGAUGGAAUCACACCGUGGAAUAGAUAUCAGAGAGAGGAUAUUGAAAAUGAAAAUAAGUGCUAAGGAAGCAAGAGGAGGUGGUGGAUCUUCUCUUAUUGAUUUGAAAAAAUUGGUUGAUUCAUGGAGUGAGCAUGCUUCUAACAACGGUUUAUCACCAAAUACUCCUUUCCUUUUUCGUUGAAAAAUAGAAAUAGUAGAUCUCUAAAGACAAUAAAUUAGAAAAGUUUGUUCAUAUACCAAUAGGAAAUUAGAAGUGUGGUUAGUGAAUUAAAA